CAACUUUUGCCGAGCUUUGCUUUUGUGCAGAUUUUAGCUAGAGAAGCUGUUCGAUCAGCCGCUCUCUGCUUUGGUUGUGUGCCUUGACCCGCAGCUUUUCCGACAUGCCUGGCGAGUACACCCUCACCUAUUUUCCUGUGCGAGGGGUGGUUGGGCUUGAGAGAGUUGAGUGACUGGCUCGAAGUCCCCCAAGCAGCUUUCUAAACUAAGGCCGUGGAGAAGCCAUACGCAUGCUGCUGGCUGAUCAGGGACAGGAAUGGACUGAGGAUGUGGUGAAUGGGGAGAUUUGGAAGAAGGGAGAUCUGAAGAAAUUAUGUGCCUUUGGCCAACUGCCAAGAUUCCAGGAUGGGAAUUUUAUAUUGCAUCAGUCAAAUGCUAUUCUGCGCCACUUGGCUAGGAAUCACGGACUCUAUGGUGAGGAUGCAAAGGAAGCAGCACUGCUGGACAUGGUGAAUGAUGGUGUGGAGGAUUUGCGAAUCAAAUAUGGGCGCUUAAUCUACCAGAACUAUGAAUCUGGCAAAGCUGCUUACAUUGAGGCCCUGCCAGCUGAGCUGGCCCCUUUUGAGAAGCUCUUGGCUCAGAACGAUGGAGGGAAAGGCUUCAUUGUCGGCAAACAGAUCGGCUUUGCAGACUAUAAUCUGCUCGACAUCCUACAUGUUCAUUUGGUCCUGGCAUCCAACUGCCUGGCUUCCUUGCCUUUGCUGGCUGGCUACGUGCAACGCCUUAAUGACCGGCCACUUCUCAAGAAUUUCCUGGAAUCAGACGCCCGUAAGAAACGUUUCAUCAAUGGGAAUGGCAAGCAGUGAAGCCACUUACUUUUCUAGGAUGCAAGUUUGUAGUUUUGUACCUUUGAGAUCUAAUAAAGCUACCGUAGUUUAAAAAA